AUGAUAGCUUCUUCCACCUUUACUCUCCCGAACCUCUGUCCCAAACUCGACGACCUCCACGGCACACCCAAACCUCCCAAAUCCUCAUACGAACCUAACUCCGAGCCUCAGCCUCGGAAGUUCAAACCCAGCCCUCAGCUAAACCGAUGGUCCCGCGCUCGGUCCUUGCGGUCCGGCCGGAAAUUCGACCGGACCGGCCAAUCUACACAACUAAACAACCCAAACCCUCCUCUACAUGUCUUGCCGGAGCUAAAAGAUAAUACUUUAACGUCGACUAACGGCGUCGAUGACGUGGACUUGACGGCCGGGAAGUCGAUUUACAUGGUUUCCGACGGAACUGGCUGGACGGUGGAACACUCCGUCGGGGCGGCGUUGGGCCAAUUCGAGCAUUGCCUGGUCGAUCGGAACUGCGCUGUGAAUACCCAUUUGUUAUCUGGGAUUGAUGACGUGGGGCAGUUAAUGGAGGUUAUAAAGCAAGCAGCUAAAGAAGGAGCUAUGGUUGUGUAUACAUUAGCUGACCCAUCAAUGGCUGAGUCUGCUAAACAAGCUUGUGAAGUUUGGGGGAUUCCCAAUAUUGAUAUGUUGGGUCCAAUUACACAGUCCAUAGCUUCACAUUUGAAUGUGUCACCUUCUGGGGGUCCUAGGAGGUACCCACUUACAGAUGACUAUUUUCGGAGGAUCGAAGCCAUUGAGUUUACCAUUAAGCAAGAUGAUGGGGCAUUGCCCCAGAACUUGCACAAGGCUGACAUUGUGCUUGCAGGGGUUUCAAGAACAGGGAAGACCCCGUUGUCGAUUUAUUUGUCACAGAAGGGGUACAAGGUGGCUAAUGUGCCUAUUGUGAUGGGGGUUCCUUUGCCAAUGACUCUAUUUGAGAUUGAUCCGGAGAAAGUUUUCGGGUUGACUAUUAAUCCUGUUGUGUUGCAAACGAUUAGGAGGGCGAGAGCUAAGAGUUUGGGGUUUAGUGAUGGAGUGAGGAGUAACUAUUCUGAGAUGGAUCAUGUUCGAGAGGAGCUUGAGUAUGCACGAAAGAUUCUAGCACAAAAUCUCUGGCCUGUAAUUGAAGUGACAGGAAAAGCGAUAGAAGAAACUGCAGCCGUUGUAUUGAGGCUUUAUCAUGACAGGAAGAACAAGUGCUCAAUGCCAAGAAUAUCAAAACGCUACUGAUAAGUCAUUCUGGUAGAUUAUACAGAGUGGUAAAUAGUCGCAUAGUGCAUAUAUAUACUCUCUACUUCAGAUUUUUCUGGAAAUUUGUUGCCAUACAUUGACGUAUAUAUUAGGGAUUAGUGAUAUCUUUUUCACUUGCAUACUUGUAUACCCCUGAAGCAUGUAUAUGGAAAAACACAAUUAUAAAUAUUGAAUGCUAAUUGUCAUUUUAAAAACGGUAUGUAUAUGAUCAUUUGCAUUUUAUUCUGAUUAGUUAGCAGAAAAGCAACUGCAUCCUCUGAAUUACCCGCAUGGCCGGUUUGAAUUUCCUAUACUGUAUGACAUUACAUGUUGCAUUUAUGCAACAAAUCUGCCAUAUGUACUCUGCUGAGGAUGAUAGAGCCAGUCUCUACUUGUAUAUGUAAAUUUCUGACGCAAAGACUGUUCUGCUGCUUCUGCAUUUGUACCUUUGUGAGCUUGAGCAUCCAAUUCUAAUAUUAAUAUAGGAUCUUUUAGGAAGCCCCACUAUUUUUGAAGUUGCCCUUGUUAUUCUAGAUGUCUACUUGGUAAAAAGCAUUGGUCUCUGAUUCAAGUCCUUGUCAUUUGUUAGGUUCUGCAUUAUAAGUUAGUAGGUAAUUGGAGAAACUGUCAAAGUAAGUGUAUUUAAUAUAUUGUAGUGUGUCAACUGGAACUCUGGAGCAAUGGAAAUGUGGCUGGUGAAAU